GUCUUGUGAGACAACAACUUGAUAGUUUUGAUGAGUUUAUUGAAAUGUCAGUACAAAGAAUCGUUGAGGACUCACCUCAAAUUGAUUUACAAGCUGAAGCACAACAUACUUCUGGUGAAAUAGAAAAUCCAAUUAGACAUUUAUUGAAAUUUGAACAAGUUUACUUAUCUAAACCUACACAUUGGGAAAAAGAUGGAACUCCAUCUCCUAUGAUGCCUAAUGAAGCAAGACUACGAAAUUUGACAUAUUCAGCACCAUUGUAUGUAGAUAUAACUAAAACAAUUAUAAAAGACGGAGACAACCCCAUUGAAACACAACACCAAAAGACGUUUAUAGGAAAAAUUCCAAUCAUGUUAAGAUCAAAAUAUUGUUUACUUGCUGGCUUAUCUGAUCGUGAUUUAACAGAGUUGAAUGAAUGUCCAUUAGACCCAGGAGGCUACUUUAUUAUUAAUGGAUCAGAGAAAGUACUUAUUGCACAAGAAAAAAUGGCAACAAAUACAGUUUAUGUUUUCAGUAUGAAAGAUGGCAAAUACGCAUAUAAGUCAGAAAUCCGUUCUUGUUUGGAACAUAGUUCACGACCUACGUCUACAUUAUGGAUUAACAUGAUGGCAAAAAGUGGAGCUAGUAUUAAAAAAUCUGCUAUAGGCCAACGUAUUAUUGCAAUUAUUCCAUACAUUAAACAGGAAAUUCCUAUUAUGAUUGUAUUUCGCGCUCUUGGGUUUGUGGCGGAUCGAGAUAUUUUAGAACAUAUCAUAUAUGAUUUUGAUGAUCCUGAAAUGAUGGAAAUGGUAAAACCUUCCUUAGAUGAAGCAUUCGUAAUACAAGAACAAAAUGUGGCCCUAAAUUUUAUAGGUACUAGAGGUGCAAGACCUGGAGUAACUAAAGAAAAACGUAUUAAAUAUGCUAGAGAAAUUUUACAAAAGGAAAUGCUCCCACAUGUAGGUAUAAGUGACUUUUGUGAGACCAAAAAAGCUUACUUUCUUGGUUACAUGGUACAUCGUUUACUGUCAGCCUCUUUGGGCCGAAGAGAAUUGGACGACCGAGAUCACUAUGGCAAUAAAAGACUAGAUUUAGCUGGACCAUUACUGGCAUUCUUAUUCAGAGGGCUGUUUAAAAAUUUAAUGAAGGAAGUACGAUUAUAUGCACAAAAGUUCAUAGAUAGAGGGAAAGAUUUUAACCUUGAACUUGCUAUAAAAACCAAAAUCAUUACUGAUGGCUUGAGAUAUUCACUUGCCACGGGAAAUUGGGGAGAUCAAAAGAAAGCUCAUCAAGCUAGAGCUGGAGUAUCACAAGUAUUAAAUAGGUUAACAUUUGCGUCAACUCUAUCACAUUUGAGGAGAGUCAAUUCUCCAAUUGGAAGAGACGGAAAACUGGCCAAGCCUAGGCAGUUACACAACACAUUAUGGGGCAUGUUAUGUCCUGCAGAGACACCUGAGGGUGCUGCUGUUGGUCUAGUAAAAAAUUUAGCACUAAUGGCAUACAUUAGUGUCGGAUCGCAGCCUUCACCGGUUCUUGAAUUCUUGGAGGAAUGGUCUAUGGAAAAUUUAGAAGAAAUUGCACCAAGUGCAAUUGCAGAUGCGACAAAAAUAUUUGUAAACGGUUGUUGGGUUGGUAUUCAUAGGGAUCCAGAUCAAUUAAUGGCUACUUUGCGAAAAUUAAGAAGACAGAUGGACAUUAUUGUAUCAGAAGUAUCAUUGACAAGAGAUAUCAGAGAUCGGGAAAUCAGAAUAUAUACAGAUGCUGGAAGGAUC